AUGCAAACAAAACUUCAUUGGUUAUUUUUGUUACUAUAUCAUUCUAUUGCAGUUACUACUAGAGUCAAGCGUGAAGUAUUCCCAAAACAUCAAAGAAAUGCCAAUAUACAAUGUUAUCGCCCAUCAGAUUUAGAUUAUAUUGGACAACCUGUUGUUUUAUACCAUGAAGUUUUCUCGCAAUUUCUCAGAGAUUGUUCAACCAUUGAAGUGGAUAUAGAAAUAUGUAAAGAAGUUCUUUCUUUUGUGAAGUUUUUCCAGAAAGGGAUUAAUGGUAGUCCACAGAAUAAUGGAUAUAUAUUUGGGUCAAAAGUUAUAAAUAAAAUCAAUAUAGAUAUUCCAAUAGUCAUCCAUGAUAUAAAAAAUGAAAUUUUCACAGGUAAAUGGGAAGAAAAGCCUAAAAAAUAUAAAGCAAUUUUAAAUAUAUCUGCUUGUCCAGCAUUUUUAUUAUAUUUAGCAGGACCAUGGCUAUGCAUUUCUGAUUCUGUAAAAGUGGAUAACCUUAUAAAUAUGAUUUCUAUAGUCCCUAUAAUGGAUUUCACACAGCUUACACAAAUUGCUAGGAUAUUUACUGCCCUACGUAAAUCUUUCAGAAGUCUUAUUGAUUAUUGUACUAACUUGCAACCUAAACCUUAUGAUGUUGAUACCAAGAUCUAUUUUCUCUUUCCAACUACCUUCAAUGAUGUACCAUUCACUUAUAUUUCAUAUAUUCAACCACUUGUUUUGACUGCAGAAGCUAACAACCAGAAAAUUAUUAUUAAAUUUGUUCAAUGA